AUGGGCAAUGUAUACGAAGGGCAGGGAUGUAAUCAACGAUACCGGACAAGAAUAUCUUCUGGUUUGAUGGUGUUAAAAUGCGGUACUGUUCUGUAUGAGUCAAAUAACAUCCUUUCAACGAAGAGUUCAAAUGAGACAGAUAACAUCACAAGACAAUGCGAAAUGCAUCGCUUACUCAGUCAUUCAAGCGAGUCGGAACGAGAGUUAUCAUUGCGCUCUUUUGCUGCUUUUGCUGGGAACAGUCGGUUUAACGAAUUGCAUUCAACGAUGGUGAAGCCCGUUUUGAAGACAUCAAAGAAUCAACAGGAAGAGGAAAAAAAGGAAGAAGGUGAUGAGAAGAAGAAGGAAAAAGAUCAUGAGAAGAAAAAAGAAAAAGUUGAUGAGAAGAAAACGAACGCCUCGGAGGAAAAGAAGCGACGACGGAUUCAACAAAAGAAAAAAGAGACUUAUUCGGUGUACGUGUAUCGUAUCCUCAAACAGGUUCAUCCGGAUAUUGGAAUUUCGUCGAAGGCAAUGUCGAUCAUGAAUUCUUUCCUCAAUGAUGUCUUCGAGCGCAUUGCGGUUGAGUCAGGUCGUUUAGCACGUUACAACAAGCGGUCAACAAUAUCAGCCCGCGAAAUCCAGACAGCUGUUCGAUUGAUUCUACCGGGAGAAUUGGGGAAACAUUCCGUGUCUGAGGGCACUAAAGCUGUCACGAAAUACAUGACAUCACAGUAG